ACAUGACUAAAGUAAAACUGGAAUGGGGUAAACUCUCUUUAGAGGAAGGAAGAUACACCCCUAUCAUCCAACUGAACAGCGAGGGAAUCAGAAGGAACCCAGAGAUCGGCCACAGAUUUGGGCUCUUUGUACCUCUUGUAAAGAAAGGCAACUGCACCUUGAUUAUCGAUCCCGUCGACGCCAAAGACACGGGCGUUUAUGAAGUAUGGAUGGCACUAGAUGGCAGCUUGCACGAAGCCUAUCCCAAAACCACAAUUACCAUUUCAGACCAAAAGCAAGCCUCAGGUGCCUCCCGUGCCAACGUUAAACCGACUGUAAUGGCGACAUCCAUAAUGAGUACAACUGCUGCCUCCAACCAAACUGAUUUUUUUGUUAUGCUACUUGAUCAUAAACACGGGAGGACUACGAUUAUUGUAGUGAUAGCAGUACUAUCAUUCCUGUCCGUAGCGGCACUGAUAACAACCGUUAUGUGUUGUAUCUAUUUUCUUGAUGAUGAUGAUGAUGAUGAUGAUGAAAGCACGGAUGUUGAAGCCCCAAAGGAGGACACCCCCAAAGCAGCUCAAUGGAAGGAUAGUGUCCAAAUUGAGGAUGAGACAACGACUGACAGUCAGAGCGAAACGGAGGAAGAGAAAUCUAUGAAGGAUAGUGUCCAUAUUGAGGAUGAGACAACGACUGACAGUCAGAGCGAAGAGGAGGAAGAGAAAUCUAUGAAGGAUAGUGUCCAUAUUGAGGAUGAGACAACCAGUGAUAGAUCGAAGGAAGAGGAGGAAGCGAAAUUUACGUCCGCUGAAUCGGAGUCUGAUAAAUCCGAUGAUUUGGAGUCUGAUAAAUCCGAUGAUUGGGAGACUUAUAAAUCCAAAAAAUCCGCCUCAGAAUAUGAAAGCGAAACGAGUUCAGAAGAGGAAUCAAGUGAGAAACUCGGUUAGGCGGAUGAAAGUGACUAAGAAGACUUGACAUGUUUAAUCAGCCUCAGCGGAUAUAUUUUCAAAAUAAAUAAAUUUAUCCUGUACCAAAAAUAUUUGUGGAAUACAGUCGUUUUUAUUUCAGCUUUUAUUAUUAGUGACUAAUGUGGAGUCUUGGGGGUAUCGACGAUGCAUUUGUUUGAAUUUCUUGGGAAUGGAAGACAUACCAUGACAUUUAAAAAGAUACACUAAGGGGCAGAUUUAUCAAAGGUCAAGGUGAAUUUUCAAAUUCAAAAAAUCA